AUGGCGACAAUACAGGAGCACUUCCUGUUUGUGACCGAUCCGAUGCAGAGCCACAUCGACCCGGCGCGGCGGCUGGCGGUGCGCGUCGCGUCGGCGAUGCCCAACGUGCGCGUCACCUUCUCCGCCGCCGUCAGCGGCCACCGCCACAUGUUCCCACACCUGACGUCCCCCGACGGCGAGGUCGUCCAGGGCGUCGUCUCGUACAUCCCGUACUCGGACGGCUUCGGCGGCGGGUUCAAGUUCAACCCGGAGGCGCACUGCGUCGUUUCGUACAGGGAGCGCGCGCGCGAGGUCGGGUCCGAGAUGCUCGCCUCCAUCGUCGCCCGCCUCGCCAGGCGGGGACACCCCGUGACGCGCGUCGUGUACACCGCGCUCGUCGGGUGGGUCCCCGCCGUCGCGCGCGCGCACGGCGUCCCCGCGGCGCUGUACUGGGUCAAGCCGGCCACUGUGUUCGCCGUGUACUACCACUACUUCCACGGCGACGGCGCGCUGCUGGACUCCUCCUGCGCGAGCGACGCGGACCCUCACGCCGCCGCCGUAAUCCUCCUGCCGGGCCUCCCGCCGCUUAAGGCCGACGCGCUCCCGUCCUUCGCGUCCAUGGUCUCGCCGGGGAGCCGCAACUACCUGACGCUCGACAUGCUGCAUGCGCGACAUCUUCUUGACGCUGGACGAGCACAGGCCCACGGUGCUCAUGGACACGUUCGACGCGCUGGAACCCGAGGCGCUGCGCGCGGUGCCGCGGUUCAACCUCGUCGCCGUGGGCCCGGUGGUGGUGGACGAGCCGUGCCGGCCAUGCGUGGAGCUGUUCCAGCCCAACGACGCCACAGCGUACAUGGACUGGUUGGACACGAAGCCGCCGCGCUCCGUGGUGUUUGUGUCCUUCGGCAGCGACCUCUCGUUGAGCAAGCGGCAGGAGGAGGAGUUGAGGCGCGGGCGUACCUCCUGGUGGCGCGCGAGGGCAACAACGGCGGUGGUGGUGGUGAUAGCGGGCGGGGGAUGGUGGUGGAGUGGUGCAAGCAGACGAAGGUCCUGUCGCACGGCGCCGUCGGGUGCUUCGUCACGCACUGCGGAUGGGAGUCGACGCUGGAGAGCAUCACGGGCGGCGUGCCGAUGGUGGCCGUGCCGAGGUAG